AUGGACGACCUAUACGAUGAGUUCGGUAACUUCAUCGGCGAGGAUGUCGGUUCUGAAGAGGCGUCUGAAAGGGGCAUGGAUGCGGACUACUAUGGAGACGAUGCGAGCGAGGCACCUGCGCCUACGGGCCAGGAGCUGAUGGAGAUCGAUGACGACGGCCCGUCGAAUGCGAUCAUCCUGCACGAAGACAAACAGUACUAUCCCACGGCGCAACAAGUUUACGGAGACGAGGUCGAAGUUCUAGUUCGGGAGGAGGACGAGCAGCUUCUUACGCAGCCCAUCAUUGCUCCUGUCGAGCAGAAGAAGUUCAACAUCGAGGAGACCGAUCUGCCACCCGUUUUCUUCGACCGCAGCUUCAUGACCGACCUGAUGAACUUCCCCGAUCAAAUACGAAAUGUGGCGCUGGCAGGACAUCUCCAUCACGGCAAGACAGCGUUCAUGGACAUGCUGGUCCUCGAAACCCAUGACAUUACCGACAGACUGGAGCGCCGCGUUGGCAAGAACCGAGACGAGCAGCUUCGAUACACCGACGUCCACGUAGUCGAGAGGGAGAGAGGAGUUUCGAUCAAAGCGGCGCCCAUGAGCCUGGUGCUCCAGAGCACAAAGGGCAAGUCGCAUCUGGUCAAUAUUCUUGAUACGCCGGGCCACGUUAACUUCGUCGACGAGGUGGCGGCCAGCUUGCGAUUGGCGGAUGGUGUCUGCUUGGUCGUUGAUGUGGUGGAAGGCGUUCAGGUCAACACAGAGCAGAUCAUCAAGCACGCGGUUUUGGAAGAUAUUCCGCUUACGCUCAUCAUCAACAAGAUGGAUCGCCUCGUUCUUGAGCUGAAGCUGCCCCCUAAGGACGCGUACUUCAAGCUCAAGCAUGUCAUCGAGGAGGUCAACACAGUCAUCGAGAACACGAUCCCGGGCAAAGGCGAGACGAAACGGAUCAGUCCUGAGAAAGGAAAUGUUCUUUUCGCGUGUACCGACAUGGGCUGGUGCUUCACUCUGCAGUCAUUCUCGAAGAUGUACACCGACACUUACGGCGGUAUCAACACCGAGGAUUUCGCGAAGAGGUUAUGGGGAGACAUCUACUUCAACCCUGAGAAGCGCAACUUCACGAGGAAACCGACAGAGACUCACUCAAGCCGUUCGUUCGUCAAGUUCGUUCUGGAACCGAUUUACAAGAUCUUCACCCAUACCAUCAGCGACACCCCUGAAGAGUUGAAGAGAGUAUUGGGCACACUGGGCAUCACACUCAAGCCAUCUCAAUAUAAGGCCGAUGCCAAGGUCUUGUUGAAGCUGGUGUGCGAACAAUUUUUCGGUCCUUCAACGGGCUUCGUCGACAUGAUUGUGCGACACGUCCCAUCACCGCAAGAGGCUGCUGAGAGAUACCUGGAGAAGUACUACACUGGACCACUGGACACUAAGGUUGCCGGAUCCAUGAAGGCCUGCAACCAGGACGGGCCUCUUGUGAUUCACGUCUCCAAGUUGUUCAGCACGGCAGAUGCCAAGAGCUUCUACUCUUUCGGUCGUGUCUUGAGUGGUACGGCUCGCCCCGACACACAAGUCAGAGUCCUAGGAGAAGGCUACUCCACAGACGACGACGAAGAUAUGGCAAUGGCAACGAUAUCAGAUGUUUUCAUCGGCGAAUCAAGGUACAACAUUCCCACGGAUGGUGUGCCAGCAGGCAAUUUUGUGCUGCUGAGUGGUGUCGACAACUCGAUCGUCAAGACGGCGACGAUCUUCCCCCCAAAGCUAGAGGACGACGAAGAUGUGUACAUCUUCAAACCCGUCACUCAUUUCACAGAGUCGGUCCUCAAGGUCGCUGUUGAGCCCAUCAACCCCUCAGAACUGCCAAAGAUGCUGGACGGCCUACGCAAAAUCCAAAAGAGUUAUCCUUUGAUCACUACCAAGGUCGAAGAGUCAGGAGAGCACAUUGUCUUGGGUACGGGCGAGCUGUACAUGGAUUGUGUUUUGCACGACUUGAGACGUCUGUAUGCCGAUAUGGAGAUCAAGGUGUCCGACCCCGUCACCCGAUUCUGCGAGACGGUCGUAGAGCAGUCGGCGACAAAGUGCUAUGCGAUCACGCCGAACAAGAAGAAUAAGAUCACGAUGGUCGCCGAGCAGCUUGACAAGGGCAUCUCAGAGGACAUUGAGUCCGGCAAGGUCAAGAUUCGGGAUCCAAUCCGCAAGACGGCCAACUACUUCGAAGAAACUUACGGCUGGGACAAACUGGCGGCGAGAAGCAUCUGGGCAUUCGGUCCUGAUGAGAUGGGACCCAACAUCCUUCAAGACGACACGUUGCCCUCCGAGGUCGACAAGAAGCUCCUGACUACGGUCAAGGAGACCAUCCGCCAAGGAUUCAGCUGGGCAACCAGAGAAGGCCCCCUGUGUGAAGAGCCCAUUCGAAAUACAAAGUUCAGAAUCACCGAUGUGUCGUUGGCUUCGGAAGCCAUCUUCAGGGGAGGCGGUCAGAUCAUCCCCACCUCCCGCCGAGCAUGCUACUCCUCCUUCCUGAUGGCCUCACCUAGACUAAUGGAGCCUCUGUACUCCGUCUCUGUGACUGGACCUCAAGACUCGGCCACGGAGGUUUACACGACGCUGGCCAGACGCCGUGGCCACGUUCUCCAGGACGGCCCCGUGGCCGGCACGCCGCUUUACCGUGUCAACGGCCUCAUUCCUGUCAUCGACUCGUUCGGUUUCGAGACAGAUCUGCGCAUCAAAACGAAGGGCAUGGCCAUGGUGAGUCUGACAUUCGACAGCUGGAGUAUUGUGCCCGGUGAUCCUCUUGACAAGGAGGUCAUCAUCCGGCCACUACAGCCGGCUAGCGCGCAGGCUACGGCUAGGGACUUUGUGUUGAAGACCAGGAGGAGAAAGGGUCUGAGCGAAGACGUUAGCGUGGCCACCUUCCUCGAACCAGAGUUCUACAAGAGCCUCAUCGAGAGCGAGAUUCUUGGCGAAUGA